UCACCAACUCACAAGCCCAAGCAAGUCUGCAUGCUUAUAUGGUCAAUUGAUUAAGACCCCCCGGUUUAUUUUCCAAUCACAGAAAAUAAGCACAUAUUAUUUUAUUGACACUUACGGUCACAUGAUCUUGGAACCUGGAUGGUCACAUCUUCGGCUCUCUGCAUCAUUUUUCUCAAAAUCAAGCUCUAUGCACGUAAUUAUCUUGAUCUCUAAAAAAAGAGUACAAUUUAACUACCCGAAAUUAUCACAAAAGGAGUAGUGGGUUCUUACUAUGCAACAAUCUGGCUCAAAGAAUAGGUAAAGCGAUCCGGAGGCCUGGUGUGAUGUCCAAGGCCCGCGUCUACGCCGACGUCAACGUCCUUCGCCCCAAAGAUUAUUGGGACUAUGAGGCCCUCACGGUCCAGUGGGGUGAUCAAGAUGAUUACGAGGUGGUCCGCAAGGUGGGCAGAGGAAAAUACAGCGAAGUCUUUGAGGGGAUCAACACUGUAAACAAUGAACGCUGCAUUAUUAAGAUUUUGAAGCCUGUCAAGAAAAAGAAGAUCAAAAGAGAGAUCAAAAUUUUGCAAAAUCUUUGUGGAGGCCCAAAUGUUGUUAAGCUGCUGGAUAUAGUUCGUGACCAACAGUCCAAAACACCUAGCCUGAUUUUUGAAUAUGUGAACAGUACAGAUUUUAAAAUUUUGUAUCCUACUCUGACAGAUUAUGAUAUACGGUACUACAUAUAUGAGCUUCUCAAGGCUUUAGAUUAUUGCCACUCACAGGGGAUUAUGCAUCGUGAUGUUAAACCUCAUAAUGUAAUGAUAGACCAUGAAUCACGGAAGCUUCGCCUCAUCGAUUGGGGUCUGGCAGAAUUUUACCAUCCAGGAAAGGAGUACAAUGUUCGUGUGGCAUCAAGGUAUUUCAAAGGUCCAGAGCUUCUUGUUGAUCUCCAAGAUUAUGAUUAUUCCCUGGAUAUGUGGAGCCUUGGUUGCAUGUUUGCUGGGAUGAUUUUUAGGAAGGAGCCUUUUUUCUAUGGCCAUGAUAAUCAUGACCAAUUAGUUAAGAUUGCAAAGGUACUUGGCACAGAUGAGUUAAAUGCUUAUCUGAACAAAUAUCGCAUUGAGCUUGAUCCUCAGCUUGAUACCCUUGUUGGAAGGCAUAGCAGGAAACCAUGGUCAAAAUUUAUCAAUGCCGACAAUCAGCAUCUUGUAUCUCCAGAGGCUGUUGAUUUUCUGGAUAAGCUUCUUCGUUAUGACCAUCAAGAUAGGCUUACUGCAAAAGAAGCAAUGCAACAUCCAUAUUUCUAUCAAGUUAGAGCUGCUGAGAGCAGUAGAACUCGCACCCAGUAAUUGUGAAAUCAGGAAGCUUUAAUGUUAUAUUAACUUUUGAUAAUAUUAUAAAGUUAAUAUGCUUGUUAUCAUCAUCAUAAGCAAACUUACAUUGGCGUCUCUUCUGCAAUGAAGUGAAAAUUGGGAAAAGGAGGAAUGUUCAGUGUUUGCAUUUCACUGCAAUUGCAGAAAAUGCAUGGUAAAAGGUAGUAAAUUUCUACCUGCUGUCUUAGCAGUAAGGCAUAUGCAACCUAUGUAUAUGAGAUUUUUUGAAUUAUUGAGGGAAUAUUAAUUAAGUUUUCUGACAAGUCUGAUGAACUAAUAUUGAUAUAUUUGGUUUGGAUCAACUUUUUGUGUGUAAUGAACAAGAGUAACGAAGCCAGUUAGUGGGGCACCAUUUAAUUUUCCUA